GCGCCGCUCCCCCCUGCGCCCUCGCUGAGGAGGUCCGGGCGGCGGCGGGUGCGCGGCGCCGCGGCGACAGCCCCGCGUGACGGCGGCGCGGGCGAGGCCUGGAGGCCCCGAGCGCCUGGCCGCCAGCCCCCCGCGCGCGCCGCCGCCGUCUCUCGGGGCAGGGCCACUUCCGGGGAUGGGCUCGGGCGGCCGCCGUCGGCCCCGUCCCGACUCUGCCCCCCGCCCCCCGGCUCCUCCCCGCCCGUCCGAGCGCCGGGCCCGGCUGGCCACACGGGGAGCGCUCAGCCCGCGGCGGGUCCCGGCUGGCGAGCGGGCCGGGGCGGGACCAUGUUCUCCCUCAAGCCGCCCAGACCCACCUUCCGGUCCUACCUGCUGCCGCCGCCCCAGGCGGAGGACAAGUUCGAUUCGGAGCCCAAGAUUAAAAAGCUGGAGCCGGUGCUGCUGCCAGGAGAAAUUGUUGUGAACGAAGUCAGCUUUGUGAGAAAGUGCAUUGCAACCGACACGAGUCAGUACGACCUGUGGGGGAAGCUGAUUUGCAGCAACUUCAAAAUUUCCUUCGUCACGGACGACCCGAUGCCCUUGCAGAAGUUCCAUUACCGGAACCUUCUUCUCGGCGAGCAUGAUGUCCCCUUAACGUGUAUAGAGCAAAUCGUUGCAGUGAAUGACCACAAGAGGAAGCAGAAGGUCCUGGGCCCCAACCAGAAGCUGAAGUUCAACCCAACGGAGUUAAUCAUUUACUGCAAAGACUUCAGGAUCGUCCGCUUUCGCUUUGAUGAAUCCGGGCCCGAAAGUGCCAAAAAGGUGUGCCUUGCCAUAGCUCAUUACUCCCAGCCAACAGACCUCCAGCUCCUCUUUGCCUUUGAGUACGUUGGGAAGAAGUACCACAGCUCAGCCAGCACGCCCAACGGGCUCCCGGCGGGCGGCGGGCCGGGCGGCGCCCAGAAGACGCCGCUUUUCGAGGCCUACUCCGACUGGGACCGCGAGGUCAAGCGGACAGGCGCCUCGGGGUGGAGAGUGAGCUCCGUGAACGAGGGCUACAUGAUCUCCACGUGCCUUCCAGAAUACUUCGUGGUGCCCAGCUCCCUGGCCGACCAGGACCUGAAGACCUUCUCCCACUCUUUCGUCGGAAGAAGGAUGCCGCUGUGGAGCUGGAGCCACCCGAACGGCAGUGCCCUGGUGCGGACGGCCCUCGUCAAGGACCUGCAGCAGCGGAAGAUCGACCAGAGGAUCUGUAACGCAAUAACCAAGAGCCACCCGCAGAGGAGUGACGUUCAUAAGUCGGAUUUGGAUAAGACCCUGCCCAACAUCCAAGAAAUACAAGCGGCUUUUGUAAAGCUGAAACACCUCUGUGUCAACGAGCCCUUUGAAGAGACCGAAGAGAGAUGGCUAUCCUCGCUGGAAAGCACUCGGUGGCUAGAAUACGUGAGGGCGUUCCUGAGACACUCGGCAGAACUCGUGUACACGCUGGACAGCAGAGGAGGAGGGCAGAGACCUGAGCUGCGUGGUUGCAUCUCUCGUGCAAGUGAUGCUGGAUCCCUACUUCAGGACCAUCCCCGGGUUCCAGAGCCUGGUUCAGAAGGAGUGGGUGAUGGCGGGGCACCAGUUCCUGGACCGGUGCAACCACCUCAAGAGGUCGGAGAAGGAGUCGCCGCUGUUCCUGCUGUUCCUGGACGCCACGUGGCAGCUGCUGGACCAGUUCCCGGCCGCCUUCGAGUUCUCCGAGACCUACCUGGCCGUGCUGGGCGACAGCACCCGCAUCUCCCUGUUCGGCACCUUCCUGUUCAACUCGCCGCACCAGCGGGUGAAGCAGAGCACGGAGUUUGCCAUCAGCAGGAACAUCCAGCUCGGCGACGAGAAGGGCUUGAAGUUCCCCUCGGUGUGGGACUGGUCCCUGCAGUUCACCGCCAAGGACCGCACGCUCUUCCACAACCCCCUGUACGUCGGCAGGAGCGCGCCCUGCGUGCGCAACAGCUCCGGGAAGGCCUUCAAGCGGACCAAGAGAAACUGCAGCUCCACGCUGCGGGGCAUGCCCGCCUCCCUCCGGAACGGACUCCUCGGCGACCAGGACUCCCUCCCGCGCAGGAACUCCCUGAUCCUGCAGGUGAGGCCGGAGCCGCCUCCGCACGCCGGGGGCCCGGACGGCGGCCUGGAGCGGUUCUUCGGGGAGUGGCUCUGCAGGCCGGCCGACCUGCACGGCCUGCUGCUGCCCCGCCUGUCGGGCGCGCACAUAAAGCUCUGGAAACUGUGCUACUUCCGCUGGGUCCCCGAGGCCCAGAUCGACCGCGGGGGCUUCAUCACCGCCUUCCACCGGCUCUCGCUGCUGGCCGACGAGGUGGACGUGCUGAGCAGGACGCUGCGGCAGCACCGGGCCGGCCCGCUGGAGGCCGCCUACGCCGAGCUCGGCCAGAGCCGCAUGUACUUCCGGGCCCGCGGCCCCCAGGACGCCUCGGGCACGCCGGCCUUCCUCUCCUCCUCCUUCCCCUUCUCCCCCGUCGGCAACCUCUGCCGGCGCAGCAUCUCGGGCACGCCGCUGAGCGCGUUCCUGAGCGGCGCCAAGACCUGGCUGUCCACGGAGACGCUGGCCCCCGAGGACUGAGCGGGCGCGUCCCGGGCGUCCUCCCCCGGCUCGCGUUGCCAGCCUGGGCGCUCGGCGCCCUGCUGCUGCCAUACGUACGAGUGACCGCUGAGAUCUGCACUAACGUUGGGAACAUGCUGAACCGUGCGUGCUUCCCUCGCCGUCGCUAGGAGACGGGCGUUCACUCGGGUCUCGAUGUCCCUUUCCAUGUCCAGGUCCGGCUCUGCUGCCCCGCAGGCAGGCAUCCCCGCGUACUGCCGUGACGGCGGCGGGAAUCAGGGCGCGUCCGCAGCCAGAGCCGCAGUCAGGAGAGGGCGGAGUAGUGUGUAGCCUGUUUUCGGGGAGCGUCGCCGGCCCCCAGCAGCCGGCAGGAGGUAUCGGUGUCUGUCUCCGGUGCCUUUCUGUCGUCUGUGUCUCCUUGAACUCCCCGGGGACCAAGGUCGAGCACUGGAAUCUACUUCCAUCGCUCGGGACCGGAGAUCACUGUGUCUUAAAACCGUGCGUGUGCCCUCACCGCCCUCGAGCUAGCCUUAAACCGAUGUGCACUGUGAACUUUGAGAAGCGUUUGCUGUAGAUAACGGAACGUAGAAGUGCCUUUGACGCUGAGAUGAAGGUCUGAGUAGCAUGGUUAAGGAGAGUUUGUCUUUGCGGUUAGGGAGUUCCCAUCCCGCUGCGUACUGAGACGGGCCUUUCACACUAAGUUCGCGCCAACAGGCAGGAGUCCCCAGAGCAAUGUCCCGUCCGUCUGGGAGGCCCCAGGGCCACAGCAGGCCUGGGGCGAGGGGCCAGGCCGUUCGCACGGAGCCAACCCCAGGAGGGCUUCCCCUCCGCCCACCCCCACUUAUGAUUGAGCCCAAAACCCAGGCACGUGCCCUUGACUGGAAUUGAACCCGGGACCCUUCGGUCUGCAGGCCAGCACUCUGUCCACUGAGCCACAUCAGCUGGGGUUCAGACCAAGUUCGUAAAAGGCUUAGGUGGAGAGAACAAGAGAAAAAAACAGCCACUCGGAGUCCUGCCACUUUGAUAAAUAGCAAGAGGCCUCCACACCCCCAGCUUUUGAUCGCAGUGUGCAGAGGGGCGGGCGGGGCGUUGCUGGUCUGAGGCUCCUAGUCUUGAAAUUGUGCGCCAAAGCCAAAGCCGCGAGGCGGGCCCAGCUCACGCUGGCGGGGGUGUCUGCGCCCUCAUUCCGCUGACAGGGCGAACGUCUCCGAGUCUGGCUGUUACCUUGUUAAAACUGUCAUCCUGAGCUUUUAUAAACGUUUUAUAAUACGGCGUCUAGCUCGCUGACUUCCUUUUCUAAAACAGGUUUUUUCAAAAGUCUUACCUUUAUACGUCACAGAUAGCUGUUUCUAUUGAAUUAUCUGCCUUUUAUAAACUGUUAGAUGAUGUGUCUGAAUCAAAGGGAUAGGUGUUCCUACUGAGUCUUAGGAGAUUGGUCUGGCGGACACACCCAGGGUCCUUGCCAGCCCGCUGCCUGGAG